AUGCAGCGAAGCGCGACGCUCUCGCACUCGAUCGUGCAUGGCGAAGAGUCGGAUGAUAGCGAAGAUGAGCUGGACGCCGGCUCGUUGGGCAGCGAGGAGGAAAUGGUCGAGCACGAAUCGUCGGGUCUGAUGCGCAGAGCAUCCAAGGACCUGGACGCGAGCAAAGAGGCUGUCGAGCUGGCAGAGUCCGCGGCGGAAGAGCCAGAGCCGCAGGGAAUGCUGCCUCGAGACAAGCAACGCCGCACCACACACUACAACUACACGCUGGAGAAACAAAUGUCGCAUGUUGAAGCUAAACAAUUCUUCCAGCAACAGCGCCAAAGCACCAUGGACGACCAGACCCUCAUCGCAAGCCCCAUGAACACUAGCCCGGUGAUGAGAGCUAGGACUUUUUCCUCGCAAGUUGCCGGCGAUGCGCAAGUCGGUCGGACGGGCAGCCUACGGAGCAAGCAGAGCGCUCCCAGCUUUAAAGACUCAGGUUUCAGGUCUGCAUUGCCCGUUGGCUUGAGUGAUCCCAACAAGCAUCCGGACAGUUCCACAAUACAGUCACCCAGUAUCGGUCGAUUCGAAGGCUACAAUGGCAUCAGCGCCCUCCCUGCCCACGCCCGGGAAGAUCUUCUGGCAGACAAACGAGCCCAAUCGCACUCGGCCCAUCCGGAUCUGCCGCACGAGUCUAAGCCACUUCUCGAACAGGAGGGUGUCCACGGUGCCGGCGCAGGUGUUGGUAUUGAUUCAGCCCGCGACUCAACCGUGACGACUGAGUUGCACGCCAUCUACUCCAACGUUCAAAAGAUUCUCGAUUUACGUCACAAGUACAUGCGUCUGUCGCUGCAGGGCCCAGCUGAUAAUCCUCGUGACGAUCCGGGAUGGGGAAUCUACCCUCCACCCCCUAACCCAGUGUGGCAUGAGAACAAGGAGCGCAAGAAUGCGGUUGGUGAUGACAGUCCCACUGAAAAGACUCCUUCCUCUUCCCAGACGCUGCCUAAGAAACCACAACGCAAGAUGGGUCAGGACAUCGGGGAGGACUUUGACUACGAAGAGUGCUUCCCUCUGCCCGAGGCUUCCGAAAUGACUUUCCAGCUUGAUGAGGGCGGCGUGUAUCAGGUCUACGAGACAUCGACCUCCGCUGAGCUAGGCGAGCCCAUCUUGCACAUUCCAGACAUCCGAGAGUACUACAUGGAUCUCGAUUGUAUUCUCGGAAUCAGUUCCGAUGGCCCCAGUAAAUCGUUUGCGUACCGCCGACUGCAGUAUCUGGAAGGCAAGUUCAAUUUGUACGUCCUCCUGAACGAAUAUCAGGAGAUUGCGGACACCAAAGCAGUACCUCAUCGUGACUUUUACAAUGUACGAAAAGUCGACACUCACGUACACCAUUCAGCGUGUAUGAAUCAAAAGCAUUUGCUCCGCUUCAUCAAAAGCAAAAUGAAGAAGUCGCCCGAUGAGGUGGUUCUGUUCCGAGACGGCAAGAAUCUCACGUUGAAGGAAGUCUUCGAAAGUAUCAACUUGACAGCGUACGAUCUCAGCAUCGACACGCUAGACAUGCACGCACACACGGACUCCUUUCAUCGCUUCGACAAAUUCAACCUCAAGUACAACCCAGUCGGCGAAAGUAGAUUGCGAACCAUCUUCUUGAAAACGGACAACGACAUCAAAGGACGCUACUUGGCAGAGAUAACUAAGGAAGUCAUCGCUGAUCUUGAAAGUAGUAAGUACCAAAUGGUGGAGUGGCGUAUCAGCAUCUAUGGACGUAGUCUGGAUGAAUGGGACAAGCUUGCUGCUUGGGUUGUUGACAACAAGCUCUAUUCGCCAAAUGUGCGAUGGCUCAUACAGGUACCCCGACUGUUCGAUGUCUACAAAGCGUCUGGUCUGAUGGAGAGCUAUGAUGAAGUUGUCAAGAACGUUUUCCAGCCACUUUUUGAGGUCACGCAGGACCCUAGCAGCCACCCCAAGCUCCACAUCUUCUUGCAAAGAGUCAUUGGCUUUGAUUCUGUAGACGACGAGAGCAAGAGUGAACGUCGCAUCUACCGCAAGUUUCCUCUGCCAAAGGAUUGGAAUACCAAGCAAAAUCCACCCUACAGCUACUGGAUCUACUAUCUCUUCGCCAACAUUGCCUCACUCAAUGUCUGGCGUAAACAGCGAGGCUUCAACACUUUCGUGCUGCGUCCACAUUGCGGUGAAGCGGGUGAUACGGAUCACUUGGCUGCUGCCGUUCUGUGCUGCCACAGCAUCAGCCACGGCCUCCUUCUACGCAAAGUACCUCUGCUGCAAUACAUUUUCUACCUGGAGCAGAUUGGUGUGGCCAUGAGUCCGCUGAGUAACWACGCUCUGUUCCUCGCCUACGAACGCAAUCCAUUCUUGCAAUACUUUCGCCGCGGACUCAACGUCAGCUUGUCUACUGACGAUCCACUCCAAUUUGCCUUCACAAAAGAGCCAUUGAUUGAGGAGUAUGCUGUCGCGGCGCAAAUCUACAAACUAUCGGCUGUCGACAUGUGCGAGCUGGCUAAGCAGUCUGUCAUUCAAUCCGGCUUUGAGCAUGUCAUGAAACAGAGGUGGUUGGGCAACAACUAUCACCACCCUGGCGUGGCGGGCAAUGACAUGGCCAAGGUCAAUGUCCCCAACAUCCGAGAGGCAUUCCGCCACGAAACGUGGUUGCAGGAAUUGGCCAUGAUUGAUCGUUAUACCAAUGCACCUGGGCAAGGCCGUCUGAGUAUUGGCAAUCUCGAUAGUGGUGGCCAGCGUACAUCCACCUCGAUGGUCCCCGCUAGCCCAACCGCCAGCAUGCAAACACACCCCUCCGCCACCAAUCCGCUGAGUGUUGACACGAGCAACCAUCGUGUCGCUUCAGGUCAGCCCGCAGCCGUCAUCACGCCACGCGGAUAUCAUGCCAACGUGCAGGCAGCACGCAUGCCGGGCACAUCCUCCCAAGCAGAUUCGGCUCAAGGUCAGCAUGAUGGCAAUGCGCUACAUUUGUCUCGUGUGCACACUCUACGGGACCCAGCGCGUGCUUCUCCCCUUGUUGCAAAUUCGUCGACGGGCCACGAUACCAGCUUUUCCGAGUUGCCAGCCGCGGCUUUUGGUGACAGCACGCUUGGGUCAGAGCCGAAGCUGUUUCCAGGCUUGAUGAGCAAUCGCAGACGGAAGUCCUCGAUAGUGAAGAUGACUGACGAUGACGCUAUGCUUCAGAGCACUGGAAGUCUGUCCCGAUCUGUGGGUGAGGAUGGGCUGAUAAUGGAGAGGAAGAAUACGAUCGAGGAGGCUGCUGCCGAGAGUGAUGCUGAAUGA